AUGCAAGAAAGCGAGUCAUCAGAGAAUGAAAAAUUAUUGAUUUCUGGUGAAAAUAAAGUUUCUUUAGAAUAUAUUCCGUUUAAAAAAAGGAGAAUAUUUACGCAAAAACAUAAAUCGAGGGAAAAUGAAACUUCAAACACAAAUGGUAAAAAUCGGACUAAAAACUUGGCUUUCACACCAGUAUCGGAAAGCAAAGAAACUGAAAAAUUCUCUGGUCAAGAAUCUGAAGAAGAAGAAGGACCAAAAGGAGGAAGAGCAAGAGGAGGAAGAGGAGGAUCAUGUGACUACACAUAUACUGUAAAUGAUUUGAAUUCAGUAAAAGAGCUAAAGAUUAAUGAACAUAUUGAAAUUAAAAAUGAUAAUAUUACUGGCUCAGUCACAGGUUCCAUUAAUUUCACCAAUGUACCUGAUAAGGACCUGCCAAAGGCCACAGUUUAUGGUUCUCCAAUUGAUUCAAUUUACAAAAUACCAUUUAAAUACUUGGCUGUUGACUCCAAUGUGGUUGAUUCGAUCAGAAAUGCUCUUUUAAUUGACGUUUCUGGGGACCAGGUACCUCCUCCAAUUCUUAACUUUGAGGAUAUGAAGCUCCCAAAACCAAUAUUGAAGGCCUUAAACCAUAAGAAAAUAUUCGAGCCUACUAAAAUCCAGAUGCAGGCGUUACCCUCAGUUCUACUGGGAAGAGACGUUAUAGGCGUGUCAUCGACAGGGACUGGAAAGACUCUGGUUUUUGUUAUUCCAAUGAUAAUGCAGUCUUGGGAAAUUGAACUCAGACUUCCAAUUGAAUCCAGAGAAGGUCCUUUUGGUCUUGUAAUUUGCCCUUCUCGAGAACUCGCUUCACAAAUUUCCGACAUAACCAAGUACUUUACCGGAUAUAUUUAUAAUUACGGAGGACCCAAGCUUUAUUGCUCAUGUGUUAUCGGAGGAACUGACAUCAAGGACCAGGAAUUUACCAUCAAAUCUGGAGUUCACAUGGUUAUUGCCACGCCAGGAAGACUUAAUUACUUCCUAAACUCCAGAAUUAUCAAUUUGACACAGUGCAGAUACCUCUGCUUUGAUGAAGCAGAUAGGACAAUAGAUUUGGGGUUUGAUACUGAAAUAAAUGGUAUAUUUAACCACUUUAACAACCAGCAUCAGACCUUGCUUUUUUCAGCAACGAUGUCAAUUAAAAUUCAAGAAUUCGCUAAAUCAGCACUGACUAACCCGAUUCUGGUCAACGUUGGUCUACCAGGAUCACCUAACAAGAAUGUAAAGCAGCUAUUAAUUCUAGUUCCAAAGGAAUCGAAGCUUCCAAUGUUGCUUCAGUGCCUUAAGAAAACACCACCUCCGGUGUUGAUCUUCUGUGAAAAUAAGGCGGACGUUGAGAUUAUUAACGAGUACCUCAUUCUCAAAGGAGUUGAAGUAUCUGCUAUCCACGGCGGACUUAGCCAGGAGGAGAGAAUGGAAUCCAUUUCAGACUUUAAGAACCAUAAAAAAGAUGUGCUAAUUGGCACUGAUGUCGCCUCCAAGGGGCUAGACUUCCCCUCAAUACACCAUGUAAUCAACUUUGACCUUCCCAGAGAUGUCGAAAAUUAUGUACACCGAAUUGGGAGAACUGGAAGAAGAGGAGAAAGAGGCCUUGCAACAACGCUGUUGGAUGGCUCAGAGGAUAAUAAUUCCCUUGGGAAUUUGAAGUCAAUUCUAAUUGAGUCUGAGGAGGAGAUACCAGAAUUUUUGAAAAAUAUACAUGAAACACAGGAAAGUAGAGGGUUUAAGGAGGCUGGUCAUAGAAUCUCAAAGUGUCCAAGGUUUGAAAGUCAGUUGAAUAAACAAAUACUGAGAAAAGAAGUUUUUACUAAAAUAAUGGAAUUGUAUAUAAAUUUGUAG